UGAAAUUAUCACACGAAUCUGAACUUACUUCUCGGACAGUCGUUUUCUGUGGGAUCAGUCCCCGGCCAACGGUCAGAUCGAAAGGAACCACCCUGCUAUAUCGUGUCUGCCAUUCCGAGACGAUCGCGAAAUACUAAAGAAAUUUUAAACGAAGAUCGGUAUUAAUCGAAUUCAAGAAAACACGCGAUCAAAUUACAAUGCAGUGAACUCUAACUGGAAAAAUACUUGUAUAAAUAUUUAACGCGUCCAUCGACACUGCAAAAACAAAAAUAUUGAAAAAUCGAUAUCAAAUACUUUAGCACAACGGAAUAUGUUCGCUCGAUUUGCCUUGAUCGCAAUUCUGUCGAUGGCAGUCUUCGCUGGCCAUUAUUACAAUGAGGAUGGAACACCGUACGAUCCAUAUCAUAAUUUACACUUACCCCAUAAUCCACCACUUUAUCCGACGUACUAUAGGGUACCUCGUACCGGAUUUUCUUGUUAUGGUUUGGAGAACCAGUUGUGGGCAGAUCUCAGUUCACAGUGCCAGGGAUACCAUCUAUGCCAGGAUGGAAACUUGAUCUCCAGCCAUUUAUGCGUGAACGGGACUCUCUUUAAUCAACAAUUUCAAGUUUGCGAUCAAUUUUACAAUGUUAGAUGCGGCAGCCCGUACGGCGAUCUAUAAAGUAUUCAGAUAAUAAAGAAAAAUAAUUGACCAA